AUGACCGUGCAAAAGGAGUUGAAUAAUGAGCUUCGGGACAGGUUUUCCUUAUUUUUUUUUUAAAACUAUAAUUGAAUUCGCUGUUCAUCAGGCAUAAAUUUUGAGAGCAUUUUUUGAGUUUCUAGCUUUCUUUGAGUAUUUUUUUCUCAGUUCAACUCAAAAUGCGACCACUGAAUUAACGACAGCCGCUUCGCCAAUUUCGGAACGAGAAAAAACUGAAGACGAUGUAAGUUUCCUUUUUUCAGCUCUUUUGCUAGAGACCGCAGAGCCACGCCCCUUUUUGCGGUGGUGAAAUGCACUGGUUUUUUAGAUUUCGUGUUUGAUGUUUUCGUAAAAGCGCAAUACUGAAUCAAACACAGAGAAAUUUGGUGGAAACAUAGAGAAAACCUUCCUCUUCAAUCUCAUACUUUUCAUCCGAUUUUCAAAGCGUUUUAGCGGAGCGUCGUACAAAAAACCAAAACUACUUUUUUCUUCGGGUUUUUAACCUAGUUCCAUGUCGUUGGCGCCUUUUUUUAUUUUCGAAUUCGAUUCUUAAGUGAAAAACAAAUCAUUUAAGACUUAAAAAAAUUAAAAAUUUUUUUACGGUGCCUAAUCUUUAAAUUAAAAAUUUUUUUACGGUGCCUAAUCUUCGUGAGGCCGCGCAAAGUUGAAAAUGUUGUACUCGCUUUCGAGAGCGUGUAAGUAAACAAUUUUUUUAUUUUUAACUUGUGGAUUAAAUUGUAACUAAAAUUUUAUUAAUAUAAAACUUAUUCCGAAAAACUUUGUUUUUCUGAGAAAAAAAGACAGUGAAAAUUUCGAAAUUCAUUUUAACAUGGUCAGAUGUCGUUGGCGCCUUUUUUUAUUUCUUAAAUAUUAGCGUAUCUCAAUUUUUCAAUCAAUUAAAAAAAAAUAAAAUAAAAAAAUUUUUAGCGGUGCCUAAAAAGUUUAAUCAGUGUUAGUUUGAAGCCAACGUUAAAAUAAGAAAAAAACACCGAAAACGGAAGCAUUUUGAACUGAAUCUCUAUGAAUAAAUUAUUUUUAGGUGCUCCGAACACACGUGACUAAUAAUUGUUCAACUAUCAUAAUUUUUUUUAAACAAAACAGACGGUAAAUGCUGUACUUUGAGGUGAAGUGGUGUAUAGCGCGAACGCCUCUCAUCCCCGAGGGAUGGACGUGGAGCAGCGCAAGUGCCCUUGCAUACAGUUUUGAUAUCGCGAGUUCAAUCCUCGCAGCGGCCAUUUUUUUUAUUUUUCAAGAAAAAAUAGCUUUUCUUUUCAAACUUGUGGUUUUAUACUGUUUUAAUGACUUAUUACGACUUUGAAAACCAAACUAAACUACUAAAAAAUUUAAAUCCGAUAUGAAAACAAAAUGAACCACCAAAAGUGUAAAAUCUAAACUUUCAGUACUAAAUUUCGCGACUUUUUUCACUACUGUUUUGACCAUAACUUUUUUUUUUCUCAACCUUUUUCGAAAAACUGAACUGUUUUGAAUAGUAAAUUAGAGCAGCUAUCCAACCAUAGUAAUAUUGAAGUUCGAAAAAUUUUUUGAAAAUUCGUCUGCGGUCCCUAUCUUUUGCACUCAAAUUUUGUAGGUCGGCGAUGAAAUGCCGGAUGUUCAAAUUUGCGAUGGAACGUGUAGAAAAAGUUUUCUUUUGAUUUUUCUUUCUUUUUUGAAAAUCUUUUUCGCAGUUUAUUGAUGAAAGAAACCUAAUUCGAAUGCCCUGCUGUCACAAUUUCUGUGUGAGCUGCGCUAAAAAAGAGAAGCGAGGUAUGUAUUUGACAGUAUUCUUUUUUUUUGAUGAAUCAAAUGGAUUUAGAGACUCACUUAAAGUGUUCCUACGUUUUGGGAGAGUCGCCGGAGAAGGCUGUGCCAUCGCCGCCGGCCAAAGCUUCAAGAGAUGGGGUAGAGGACCAGUUUUCAUAAACGAAGCUUUAUACAAUUUUUACUGACUUCAUUGCAUUUUUCACAGAUAAGCCGGAGUCCAGUACGAGGUGUCGGUUUGCCGCGGGAGUCUCUGGACUUUUCCAACAGAACACAAUACUCAGUAACUUUUUAGAAAGUUCUCUUUAUUCUUCGAAUUCCAAUUAUUAGGCGACCCUACACCGAAGCUCUUCUUCGUCUGCGAUUUCUCAUAAAACGUGAGUCUACACAAGAUUAUUUUUUUCUGUAUUCAUUGUUUAGAUGUAAACUUCAAAAAGCACAAGACAAGUGCAAAGUGUGGUACACGUUCGCCUACGGAGAGAAAAGAGCCGCCAUCUGCGUCGAUCAGACUUGCAAUUAUGGUUGUUUUUUCUCAUAUUUCAUGAAAUAGAAAUAAAAGGGACAGGAGACUUGAUGACGCGACUUGCAAUGUACUUGGGAAUCUCGCUCAUCACCCAUAUAAUCCGACUGCGUGCACGAGAAUCUUCCAGCGAUGAAUCCAGCGGAUCUUGUCUAGGGGUGAGCUGGCAAAAAAGUUUGGUGGUGCCUCAUGCUGGAAUCGAACCAGCGACCUUCUGUUUACUAGACAGACGCUCUGCCACUGAGCCAAUGAGGCGCACGAGAGAGUUCUCUCACCGGCCACUGUGACUCUUGGCGGAGGCGCCCUUGUCUGCCUAUCUCAUACAAUUCCGUUUCUUUUUUUGAUUCAGGCACACAUUGGAAACGUGCCAAACGAAAAAAGAUUGACGGAUCUGCAUUUGCCGCGAGGAAGGCCUUUGAUCGUUGAAGUGAUUGAAAAACGGAAUACCGUUGAAGUGAAGGCUCGAGCGUCGCCAAAGUGUGUGAGUUUCUCUCAUGAGCUAUACGAUUUCAAUUGAGACAUUGAAAAAAAGAAGUAUGAACGGACAUUUUUAGGAUGACUCUGAAGACCGCGAGUUUUGA